AUGAGCAGCAUCGACUCCCUCCUCAACCACGACGCUGGCCGUGAGCGCCGCCAGUCCGUCACCGACUUGACCCCGACCACGACCGACGACGCUGUCGAUGCCCUGACGACGCUGGCGACCUUGGGCAGUGGACAGCAGUUUGUCCCCGCCCCGACGCGCGAGCUGCCCUCGCCCACUGCCUCGUCCCACGCGCCGCGACGCACCAGCAGCUUCGGCUCCCACCACGCGCCCGUAGAGCCCUCGCCACCUGUCGAAGUGCCCCAGGCCCACUCACCGACUCUGGAGCACUACCAUCAUGGUUCCAAUUCGCCAGAAGAACUCAAACGUCGGCAAUCGCUCCUGGCGAGGACAUCUCCCGCCCCAGUGCUCGCGCCUAUACAAAAUUUAUCUUCGGCCCUGCAAGAACAGACACAGGACGAGCCUACAACCUCGCAUAUCCGCGAGCCUAGCAGCACACUACAACCAGACGCAGCCAACUCACACAAUGGCGAUAAGCUGCCCUCACCCCAGCCUUUUAUCAAGGACGAACCUUCUGGUACGCCGCGCGAACACACACCUGCAGUCACUGCUUCUCAACCCGAACGACAAAGUUCUGUGACUGGCGAGAACAUGGAUGCCGACACACUCAAGGCGCUGGAGAUUGCAAAGCAGAGCGAUCUUGGACUGCGGAGACGGAAUCAGAGCGUUGCAGAAAGCGUGCAAUCACCAGUCGACUCCAAACCAGCACCCGCCCCAACCAAGAAGCGACCAGCGCCCGCUUCAGCCUCUGCCAUCAAGAAGAAGGGCACGGCAAAGACAUCCAAGCCCAGCAAAAAGCGAAGAAUAGAGACGGAAGAUGGCGCAACACGUUCCGUCACGCCUACCUCGAGGAUACCCAAAUCCGCGAGCAGCAGGGUUAUGAAGAGAGGCUCCCACGCCGGCACUCCCGGAUCCUCACCCGCUCCGACCCAUGCAUCCGACGACGAAGGCGAAUCAUCCGAAGACCACAACCUGUACUGCAUCUGCAAGAAACCGGACAACCACAAGUGGAUGAUCGGCUGCGAUGGCGGAUGCGACGACUGGUUCCACGGCGACUGUGUCAACAUGAAACAGGCAGAUGAGCAUCUAGUCGACAAGUUCAUAUGUCCUCAGUGUGAGGAAAACGGUAGGGGAAACACGACAUGGAAGCCAAUGUGCAGGCGGGACGGCUGUCGUAAACCUGCAAGAUUGGCCAAGGAAAGAGAGAGCAAGUAUUGCUCUGAUGACUGCGGGGUUCUCUUCAUGCAGGAACAGUUGCAACGGACAGCAGGUGCAAAAGGCGCCAACGGCUCCAGGGAAAAGUCCAAGAAGAAGAAGAAGAUUACUGAAGGUGAUGAGGAAGAGGAGCCAACACCCCUUGGCGGCACCCUCCGAGCCAAAGACCUCAAAGCCCUCGUCGACGCAUCGCCAAACAUCCAAGCUUUCAAAAACCUAGGAACAGGCGUUCUCACACCACCUCAAACCGCUUCUCCAUCCCGCGCAUCGUUCCCCUCCAACGGCGAAGACCUUGCCCUCACCGCCGGCGAGACCGAACGGCUUACUGCGCUGCAUAAAGAGAAGACACAACUCAAAGAUCGACUAGAAGUAUUGAAGGAUAGAGAAAAGUUUGUGUCCAUGGCCAAGGAACAGGCUGUGAGGUUGGCGGAUAGAGAGAAGCUCAAAAUGAAGGACUUUUGCGGCUACGAUAGCAGGUUAUCGUGGUCUGAUGCUGAAUUCCUCCUCUGGCGGAAUAGUACGUUUGGGAGAGCGGCUUUUCACUAUUCUACUCUCAGUCCUACCGCGGAACAAAUCUCCUCUACACCUGUUCUCAAUGGCGCUGGCACUGAUGGUGGGGCCGAUGCGAUGGAUGUCGACGUUGCAGCUGUAGUAAAUGGUGAAGAGGGGGACAACAAGGAAACAGUCUGUCUCAAGAAACGCUGCCAGAAACAUCCUCAGUGGCAGAAACUCAAUCUUCAAGAUGCACGGUUUGAAGAACUCGAGGUUGUUGAGGCCAUCAAGGAGUGUGAGAAAGAUGAGCGGUCGGUGCGGGAUCGUGCGCGGAGGAGAGGCGCAAAGGAUGGCUUGGCCAAAGAACUCACGGCUGGAGAGCAUGGGAGUAAGGUGGAGAUGAGGAAUCGGGAGGGGUGGGUUGAGGUUGUUGGGUCAUAA